AUGGCGAUGGCGAGGACUGCGGUCGUCGACGCGCGCUCGACCGCGCUGUCGGUGGGCCUGUUCGCGGGCCCCCGGGCCAUGCGGCGGCUGCGGCAGGCUUCCAGGAGCUUCGGCCCCGCGAUCGGCGACGUCCUAGGCUACCUCAGCCCUGGACACGUCUACGUCUGCGGCGGUUUCGAAGGCGCCCUGGCGCUGAGCUCCGUGGAGCGGCUGGACCCGGUGUCUGGCAUGUGGGAGGAUUCUUCGCCAGAGCUUUGA